AUAACACCAUGGAGACCAACCUCGCCGUGACGGCCGCGGCGCGCAAGGAGCGGCUCAUCGCGCUCCGGAAGCGCAAGGACGCGCACGACGCAGGCGAGAGCGACGCCGCGCACUUUACCUUCAAGCAGCGCAACUUUGACCCCGAGACACGGCAGAUGCGCGCGCGCGAGGGCGCAGGCGAGGACACGGUCGAGAAGGCCGUCGAGGGGCUCGCCGAGGAGAUUGUCAAGGAGGACGAGGCGCGCCGCGCCGAGGAGCUGGACCUGUUCAACAUCCAGCCCAAGAGGCCAAACUGGGACCUCAAGCGGGAUAUGAACGCCUGCAUGGGCAAGCUCGAGCGCAAGACCAACGAGUCGAUCGCGACCAUCUUCAGGCAACGGCUGCAGGGCAUGCGCAAGGAGGCUGCUGCUGGCGAGAUCGACAUCCUGGCUAGCAUCAACGCUGCCGAGCACGAGAAUAACGCCCCCGAGCAGGGCGAGAGCGACGACGAGUAGAGCGGCGAGCCACAAGACUGUAUUUGUACCUUUAGAUGCUACCCCACCCCCACCACACCUUCACCACCGUACAGUUGGAUGUCUUGC